AUGGCUCACAAAGUAACCAACGAGUACAGUCAGAAAAUGGUGGACGUCAGUGUGCAGCAAUUUGACAUGGAUUCCAAUAUGGUCAAUGAGACGACCAAGAGGGCGGGCGAAUUGUACAAAGAAUUUACCUCGCCAAGGAAGGUGGCAUCAGCACUUAAACAAGAAUGCGACAAAAAAUAUGGCCGCGCCUGGAACUGUAUAACAGGACGAGAUUUUACCAGCUACGUGUCUUAUCAAAAGGGUAUGUUUCUGGAAUUCAUGAUUGGGGACUACAAUUUUAUCUUGUUCAAGUCGGGAGACAAAUAAACUUCACAUGCGACGGCAUCCGUGAAAGAAAUCCUUUAAACAAUAACACUUAUUUAGACAUGAUACUUUCUUACGAUCGAGCACCGGUUAAAAGCAGGCUAAAAGAAUUAAAGAAAAUUAUAUGAAACGGUCGUUCUCCUUUAUUUUUGAGCUACUGAUUGCGGCUGAGGG